UUUCGUGUCGCCACACGCGCACCAAUAAAGAAUUCUUCCUCAGUUCGAACCGAAGCCUCGACACGGUAGGCUCGUCGCUACUUGACGGGACGGAAACGUCGUUCGUUGCAAUUUUUCGUGUUUUGGACAAACCUCGUCACGUUGCACGUCCGAGCCUCUCGAGCUAGCCUUAGCUUCGCUGAGCUCGCUAGCCGCCGCCGUCGAAGAAGAGACGCCUUUGUCGGCGACGUCAUCGAUUCGGUAGCGAUCGAGCGUGAAAGUGAUUGUGGCUAUCGUGCGAGAAUGUGUGCAAGAAAGACAGCGCAAUACGCGGAGGAACUUUCCGGAACGAAAGAGGAGAUCGAGCCAUUAAUGGACGCUGCUUUCGAGCAGCCUGCGUUUGCGUCACACGGAGCAGACGUCUGUGAAGAGCUUCAUCCUGAGCAACGGGAACCCGAGCGCGCCCACAUUAAAGAGGAAGAGGAGGAAGAGCCCCCCUACAUUAUAGUGGAAGUGCAGCCAGAGCCAACUCACAUUAAAGAGGAAGAGGAAGAAGAGCCCGACUACAAUAAAGAGGAAGAGGAGCCAGAGACCUUCCACAUCAAAGAGGAGGAGGAGCUCAUCAUGUUGCCAUUGACAUUUGCGCCUUUCAAGAGUGAAAUUGAGGGUAAGGGUGAUAAUGACGGUAGCAGAGGGGCGGAGCCUCCAAGCAGCAGCUCGAGUCAAGACAUGACAACAGAAGGUGACGAAGACAACCGCGCAGGAUCUCAAGAAGACGGCCUCUUAGCGCCACUAUCGGAUAGUGACGACAUAACGUCACACUCUCAUGAUGACGACGAUGAUGACGACGACGACGAUGACGACGACGACGAUGAUGACGACGAUGAUGAUGACGACGAUGAUGACGAUUACGAUGACGACGAUUAUGAUGAUGAUGAUGAUGACGAUUAUCAACACUCAAAAGGUGACAUGACAUGUCACACGAACAAAAAACACUGGAAAUGUUCUCAGUGUGAGAAAACAUUAAGUUCCAAGCGGGUUUUGAAAGAACACAUGAGAAUACACACUGGAGAGAAACCUUUUGCCUGCUCAGUUUGUGGUCAACGAUUCUCGUUUCGGGAAAACUUAAGAAUACACACAAGAACACACACUAAGGAGAAACCUUUUGUUUGCUCAGUUUGCGGUAAAAGAUUUACUCAAAAGACAAAUUUAACAAAACACACAAGAACCCACACAGAGGAGAAACCUUUUGCCUGCUUGGUUUGUGGUAAGAGAUUUACUCAAAAGACGAAUUUAUCAACACACUCAAGAGCGCACACUGGAGAAAAACCUUUUGCCUGUUCAGUUUGUGAUCAGAGAUUCUCUGUAAGGGGGAACUUAAGAAGACACACAAGAACACAUACUGGAGAGAAACCUUUUGUCUGUUCAGUUUGUGGUCAAAGAUUCUCUACGAAACCAAAUUUAACAAGACACACAAGAACACACACAGAAGAAAAACCUUUUGCUUGCUCAUUUUGCGAUGAACGAUUCAAUUUACAGAAAAAAUUAAUUACACACACUAGAUUGCACAGUGGACAAAAAACGUUUGCCUGCUCAGUUUGUGGUAAAAGAUUCUCUGUAAGGGGGAACUUAAGAAGACACGUGAGAACGCACACUGGCGAGAAACCUUUUGCCUGUUCAGUUUGUGGUCAAAGAAUCUCUUCCAAGGCAAAUUUAACAACACACACAAGAAAACACACCGGGGAGAAACCAUUCAGUUGCAAUGUGUGCGAGAAAAGAUUCUUUAGCAAGGCUUAUGUUAAGAGACACAAGUGUGCCGGAGAGAACAGCAGCGAUCAAUAAAGCUACGAAUAGACCGAACAAACUGACUGUGGUGAAGUGUGAAGUGUAUUUGUGAUUGUGAAUAAAAUGCAACGUUGGAUUUGAUGAUGUAAAGACGUUCAAUCAAUAAAUUGAUCAGUGACAGAAGAACCAUGGUGCGGUGUACUGUAUCUGCCGUACGGAGAGUGAAUGGAUGAGCUCUGGAGUAUAGAAAACCAAUUUAUUGGUAGUAGUGGGACGUCAGGACGUAGGGCGGACACGGACGCACAGACCCCAGGUGGCGCUCAAGCUUUUGCACUGGUUAAAAAAAGUGCCCGUUUUUUCUGCAGCACAUUGUUUCUUCAUUCAUCAAUAUUUGAAAUAAAAGACACCAAAAAUGUUCGGAAAAACUUUCAAGAACAGCUGAGAUUCAUUUGGGGUUAAUCAGGGCCACUUCAAGUGGUGGCACUCAAAACUUACAUUUUAGGACUUUGAAGGUAAUUGUGGGCAGCUGUGGCCCAAUGGUUAAGAUCAUCACCUGACACCGUGGGGGACCUAGGUUCAAGACCCUGACCGGAGCAUCCGCCAACAUCCCCCGGACUCCCGGCUAUGGUAUCCUUGAGCAAGACACUGAUACCCCGAAAUGCUCCCCGGGCUUCAAGUUGCACUUCCG